UGCUCCGGUUGUCACGUGACUCCGGAAAGAUGGCGGCCUUGACAGCGGAGAAUUUUGAGGCGCUCCAGAGCCUGCUGAAGGCCUCCUCGAAAGAUGUGGUCAGACAACUGUGCCAAGAAAGCUUUUCCAGUUCAGCCCUGGACUCAAAACAACUCUUGGAUGUUACGUGUUCCAGCUUGUCUGUGACCCAGGAGGAGGCAGAACAACUGCUCCAGGCUCUGCACCGCUUCACUAGGCUGGUGGCAUUCCGUGACCUGUCCUCUGCUGAAGCAAUUCUGGCUCUCUUUCCGGAAAAUUUCCACCAAAACCUCAAAAACCUGCUGACAAAAAUCAUCCUGGAGCACAUAUCUACUUGGAGAACUGAAGCCCAAGCAAACCAGAUCUCUCUGCCACGCCUGGUUGACCUGGACUGGAGAGUGGAUAUCAAAACCUCCUCAGACAGCAUCAGCCGCAUGGCCGUCCCCACCUGCCUGCUCCAGAUGAAGAUCCAAGAAGAUCCUAGUCUGUGUGGAGACAAACCCUCCAUCUCGGCUGUGACCAUGGAGCUGAGCAAGGAGACGCUGGAUACCAUGUUAGAUGGUCUGGGCCGAAUCCGGGACCAGCUCUCUGCUGUAGCCAAUAAAUAGGCCACCCAGCUCCUGAGCCGUCCGAGCAGGUGCGUUUCUCAGGCUGACAGCGGGCGCGUGGCAGGAUGGAGGGGCUGCUGCUGUUUGGAAGGCACAGUGGAGGAAGGAAGCAGCCAAGCCCAGGGCCGAUCUUUCUCUUCCUCAUUUCCUUUCUUUUCCUGAUAAUGAGCAGAAGCCUCCACCCCUGAGAGGGCCCCGUGUGAAGCUGAGUUACUGCCGUGGCUGUGUGAGGGGACAUGUUCUCUAUAUCAGCCGCCUGUGCACUGCUGUGGAAAACUCGGGCCCACACUAUGGAACUUGCCUAAUGAGUUUACCUCCAGCAUUAGCACAGAUGGGUUCAUUUCCAGCUCCGGAAUCCAUGGAGGGAAUUAGGGGUGAUGCCAGCAGCGCCUGCUCACCCAUCAGAGAACCAGCAGACAGAUAACAAUGCAGCACCACAGCACGAUCCCUCAGAGCCUUCCCUGAGCUUAUGGCCCUGCUGGGCCACAGCUCCAAUUCUGAAAACUAAAACAUGCUAUUUUUCCACUACUCCUCGGCAAGAAAGUGGAAACAAUUGGAAAUAAAUAACAGUUUUAUGA